GAGAAUUUUAGAUGAAUACAAAAAUAAAGUACUUAAUUGUAAUUUAUUUUUCCCUCCGGAACUUAUUGUGACAAAUGGCAACCAUUUCAGUUGCUGUUGUUAUUGUGUAAAGUAUUGGAAUUUUUAGUGGUGGCACUUGGCUAAUACAUGAGGUGAACUUCAAGUGCCGAUUCAUAUUUAUUGUGAACCUAUGCAUAUAUUUUAACUAAAUUUUCACGGGCCGGCAAAAUAAUCAAGCAAACAUUACAGAAAACAUCAAAAAAGGUAAGUGAGUGCGUUUGUUUUUGAGGUUAGAAUAAGAAAAUGUAAUUGAAAUAACUAACCAGAGGACAAAAAUAACACAGUUUUAUCUUAUAAUCAUGAUUUGGAUGUGGCUGUGGCCAAAUAAUGACUAAAAUCCCUUUAUUGUUAUUUUAUUUUUGUCUUUAUUUAAUUACAAAAUGGCGAGAAUUUAGAACAGCCUAAAGAGUAUUGACAGUGUUGUAUAGUCUUAUAGGCUGUACUACAUAAGAUAUGAAUUCUACAAUGCAGCGAUUAGUUCUUAAUCAGUUUUAUAAUAGAAUAUUUGUAUUAUUUCGGCUGCAUAUCAGUUUCUAUCACACCACUUAUAAUACUAUUUAGAGAUACGUACCAAAAUUAAAAAACCCUGAGCUUAAGACGACUUUGAUUAAAACGACACCUUCUACCUUGUUGUCAUUGAGGUUUUGUACUUUUUUUUAAGAUUACAAACUUCUAAUUUUUUACUAGCUUUCUGCCCCGCGGUUCCACUCACGACCUUAUCGAUUCUUCCGUGGGAAUGAGAUAUUUUGCCGUGGUAAAAACUAUCCUACAUACUAUUCCUGGACCUAACCUAUACGUGUGCCAAGUUUCAUCCUAAUCCGUCGAGUGGUUAAUGCGUGAUUGAGUAACAAACAUCCUAACAUCCAAACUUUCGCAUUUAUAAUAUUAGUAGGAUAGUAGUAUAUUUAUAGUUUGUCAACAGCUUUCAAAGUUAGUACCUAAUAAAAAAUAGAUUGAAUAAUUGCAGAAAAAAAUUCAAAAUAGGAACGUAGUGAUCAAUUUUCCGAAAGCCUUGUCAUAGUCAACCUUCAUUUAGAAAAUCUGAAAAUUACUCCUUAUACUAGUUUUGGCCUACUACUUUUGAUUACUAUUAAGUAUGUACUAUUUAGGUACUACUUGACUACGACUGAUAGGUACUACUUUGAAUCUAAUUAUCACUCAUUCGUGCGAAUGGCGCGAAAAAAAUAUCUUAAAAAAACGAAGUACCUAUAGGGAAAGUCCAACACGGAUGAAAUAUAUAAAUAAAUAAAUCGUAAAGGGACGUAGUUGAAAAGGAAAGUAACGCUGUCAUCUGUCAGCCAUACGAAUUCAUAAGUUUGACUUUUUUGUGUCAGUCUUGAAUAUACAGGGAUUUCCUCUUACAUUAAUUUAGAUAUUUAGCGCUUGUAGUCUUGAGAUCCUGUAUCAACUUUAAAGUUCCUGAGGUUCCAGUGACGCCGCCACUACCACCUUUGCACCACUUUCUUCAUUUUAUAACGGUCCAAUGCUAAGCGCUUCUUCUGGAACGCAGUCGUAUUAACAAAGUAGCGGCAUAGUAGAAACAAAUGAGUACAUACGCUGACUUUAUACAUAGGCAUAGAUAGGCACCGCAAACGGUUUGUAUGUGAGCGCGCCCGUACCUAUGCGUCGUCGCACGCACAACACUGACAAAAUUUAUCGGUGAUAUCGGUGCGCCAGUCAUGCGACUCAUGCGUGGCUACGAGACGCACCCCGCGCCGCCCGCCGGCCACGCGUACAUACGUAAUUUGCAUUUAUUAAGGUAAUAUAGCCCGCGCCCGCCACACGCACGCUCCGCUGCUGCGCUGCCGCUCGCGACGUUAGUGUGUCUGUGUAUAUUGGCGAGCAGAGCCAUUUUUUGACAGUUAUAGUACGUUAUAGUGAGUUGUAGUUGAAAUACAGUACAUAAAUUAUGUCAUUAUAAAUUAUCAACUCAUCUAAAGCUCAUAAUUGAAAGUUACAUAAACGUAAAUGAUAAUUAUACAUAGGUAAUAAGUGUAAGAAUUUCCAAAAGUAUCGAGUAUUACGUUGGUGUGAUUUGACAAAAAUGUUAGUUUUGAUUAUAACACUAAGAAAACUUUGUGAAGAAUUUCGAAGUACUAUCCGGUUUUAAUGCUAUUAGGACACGACCUUUUUGAAUGGAGCGUCACUCAUGCAUACAGCGUGUGUACAGACACGGCGCGCGCGGAGCAUAACAUGAAACCUGCCCCCUGAUUCACGAACCGUCGGAAACGCUCCCGACAGCGGAAUGUAUGCCCUGUCUCUGUCACUCAUUAUAGAAUAGACAAAAACAAAGCACAGAAUUCGAAUCCGAUUCCGUUUCCGACGGUUCGUGAAUCAGGGGCUGAAGCCCUACUCUAAUUCUUUCACUCAAUUCUAUCAUGCCCGGAGAGUAAGAGGGACAGGUAUAAUAGCAUUUGAACCGGGUAGUACUAUAAGUGUGUUGUGUAGGUAUUAUACUUUUUGUUUUACUUACUUUUUAUAUUUUUCAGAAAAACAUGCCAUUUAAAAUCAUAGAGACGUUAGAGAAAGGACAAAAAAAGCUUUGUAUAAUCCCAAGUUCAUGGGAAUCAAAAGGAGUCUUACGGUGGCCUAGAAAAAGAUUGGAUGUUAACAAAUUAGUGAGAAACGAAAACUCCAUACCCCUUAAUAACUGGUCUGCGUCAAAAUGUAAUGUAAAAAGGAUAUUAUCAUCAUACGAAGAAGCAGCCAGAGAACUAGAUAUUAUGGUUCAAAAUAGCGACACAGAGAUUGAUAAUGUGACAGAAAGUAACAUAACAACAAUUAAUAACACCAAUUUUAACGCCUUAGCAGGCCAGUUGUUGGCAUUCUCACAAUCAGAGGAACCUUCAACUUCAUCUGUCGUAACAAUGUCCACACCAUUACCUCCGGCUGAAGUAACUGCUGCUACCGAGAAUGUUGUUUAUUAUGUAGAUGAGUCUGAGUUGGCAUCAAUAUCAGUCGACAAUCAAACUCAGAAAACUACCGAAUUAAAUCAGAUUCAAAAAAGCCUCCAAUUAAUUUUAAACAAUCAAAAUAAUAUGUCUGACACUAUAAAGGUACUGAUAGACAACCAAAAAAACUUUUUCAUAAAGUGGCAAGUCUUUCCAUUCAUAGAAGAUGGAUUUUCCAAAACCCAAAAUAAAAUGAGUACAGAUGUCGUUCCAUUGGCCAAGGCAGAUUUAUUCGAGAGGGAAACAUUCGAAAUAAAACCAAUCGACUCCAUACGAGAACUAGAAAAAAUGGAAUUGUUACUCUCUGAUAAAACUCAAAAAAAUAAAUUAUUAAAGCAAUUUUCUUUUGUUUGCUCAAGUUCUGAAGGAAAUGGAGCAACAUGCGGUUAUAAAGUAUUGGAUAUGUUUUUUUCCCGAGACUUUCUCUGUAAAUGCUCAUGGACAGGUGGCAGUAGGAAUAGUGAAGAUGUAAAAAUUGGUUUGAAAGGAUAUAAAAACAUCCUGAAAUUUUUCUAUGAGUUGAUACGUUUGUGGGAUAAAACAUAUACCGAAGAAAAUAAUGAAAACUUUUUUAAAAUUGUUUUAAAAAAUUCUUUAAAGAGGAAGCUCAGUAAAAAUGAAAGAGCUUCAACAAAACGAAGACGAACAAAAAAAGUAACACAAGAAAAUAAAGGUCUAACUAAAAAUAAAUCAGAUCAAGGAAAAAAGUCAUUGACCAAAAUAAAACUGAUGAAAAUGAAAAAGAUGUAAUAGACAAUAACGGAACGAAAAAAGUUGCACUACAAUCUAAAAAAUUAAAAUCAGAUCAUGAAAAUCAAGUCAGGAACCAAAAUAAAGCUGAUGGAAAAGAAAAAAAAGAAAAGAACAAAGAUGAAACUAAAAAGACGAUACUGAAAAAGAAAAAUUUGACAAACAACAAAUCGGAUCAAGUCAUGAACCAAAUUGAAACUGAUGAUAAGAAAAAAGAUGUUAUUAAGAACGAUGAAUUAAACCAAAUUAUGAAUCAAAAUAAAGUUGAAAAUGAAAAAAAUGUAAACGACAAAGAGGAAAUGGGUGCAAGUGAUGCCGACGACGAAGACGAAAUAAACGAAGAUGACGAUAACGAAAAGGAAGAUGGAGAUAUCGAAGAAUAAGAAGUAGUUAUCGAAGAAGAUAGCCAUGUCUUACUUUGGUUGUCCAUAAGAUAUUUAUAAUUUAGCGAAACACGAAAUCUCGUGGCUGUGAUCGUCUUUAAGAUUUACUUAUAUUUAAGCAAAACACGAAUGCUUGUAACUUUGAUCCUCCUUAAGAUUUUACUUAGGUAUCUUAUAAUUUAAGCGAAACACGAAAUCUCGCGGCUGUAAUUGUCCUUAAGACAAAACUUAUAAUUAAACGAUACACGCAA